AAAACAAAAAAAAUACGAAAAUCUUCUUCGCAUCGCAUUCGCAUAUCAUCAUCAAACGGCGGCUGACGCUGGACUCUGUGUUGGCAAAAAAAGGAAACGUAUCAAAAAAUACAAAAGCUAGCAAAAACAAAAAAAAAAAAGUCGUACGCCCCGCGAAGCAAAGAAAAGUCCGGUGGCCGAUGAUCAAGUGGCAUUUGAUGGCAAAUAUCUGAGGAUUUGAUUUGGCUGGCGAAGCAUCAACAUAUUCGAUUGACGUAGUUCUUAGAACCCAGCCCAGAGCAGUAAAACGGUACCAUGGGGGCUAUAAUUUCACGAUUUCGGAAAGAGAAAACCACCUACGAGGUGUUGGAAAACCUGGAAGAAAAAAUCAAAGACAUCGAAGAGUACACGAUCACCACCCAGCAACGGCAAAAGCGCUUCGUAGCCAACUUCCUGGUCAUCUCGAUUGGGCUGUACGUGAUAUCGUUUGCGGUGUUCUACUUUGUGUUCUUCCCGCCAACAUGGAACGAACGGAUCAUCCACUCGCUGCCGCUGCUCAUCUGCCCAAUGAUCAUCACAUUAAUCAAAAAAGUGCUGGCCUGGUACUUCGAGCGGAAAGUGAUCAGCAACACGAACGAGCUGAAAGAGCUCCGGGCGGAGAAGAAAAAGAUUCUGGAAAAAGUUAUGGAAAAGGAAACGUACAAGGUGGCGUUGGGCAUACUGAACAAAUUCGGAGACAAAUCGCACAAAAUGCAAACGCAGACGAUGAGUGGACUAUCACCAAUGAAGGCUCCCCAACCGAUGAUGGUGACUCCGAAGGGUCCCGCCCCUACGAGAACCUCCCUUGGACCACAGUCCGCUCCAGCUCCACAACAGAUGACGCCGAUGCGGCCACAGAUGCAGCCCAACACUCCGAUCGGGUUCAAUGUCAAUACGAGGCAACAAACUCCGGGCAUGCAGAGUUCCUUCUACCAAUCGCAAUCUGCUGGUCUCAUGCAACGACCCAUUGGAAUGGCGCCCCAAUCGAUGCCCUACCGGCGGACACCCUAUCCCAUCAUCAACCACAACCAGAAGGGGGUCCUUGAAAAGAUGGUGGACUACCUGGUGGGCGAUGGGCCCAGCAGUCGUUUUGCGAUGAUCUGCCGAGAGUGCCUCAUGCAUAAUGGUAUGGCCCUGCAAGAAGAAUACGAAUAUUCGCCAUUCCGGUGUGCCUUCUGCGGGGCAUACAACCCGGCGAAGAAACAGCGACCACAGGCACCAAAGCUUCCAUUCGAAAUAGCACAGCUGGAAAAAAUGAAGGAGCAGCACGGGUCGUCUUCUUCCCUGGCAGAGUCAGAAGGAUCUUCUUCCGAAGGAAGUCCAAGUGGGGAAGGUGAAGCCGAGUCACCCGAACAAGAGCAAGCCACUGCGCUCGAUCAGGACGAUGAACAACCACAGGAGGAUGAUAAGCCAGAAGCCGAUAUGGCAACCCUUUCGCCCAAUGAUCCAACGGACGAGGUAGACCCUCCCCAGGAUUUGAAUCAUAUGCCAGAACAACCGCAGGUUGGUACAAAAACUGACUGAAGUGUGAUUCACCACAGCCAGCCCAGAUGGAACCGCUCCCUGGGAGUGCAUCCAGUUUCAUCACUUGUGAAUAUGUAGUGCAGCACACAAACUCACACCGACACGAAGCCAUUAUCAACCGUAGUUGCGGAUGGUUUCUUUCUCAUCUCCUUGCAUGACUUUGUACGUCGCUUACGAAGCUUUGAUCAAAAGUACGCAUGUGCAAAAGCAAAGCCAUGGCCAACGGAAUUACUGAAAUGUCUGGAAACAUAACGAUCUUCCUCUGGACAAGCACCACUUGCAUGCGACACUUAUCCCUAGGUGGUGCAACGAGGAACGAUUAGAAAUUGUAAAUUUUUAACUGGUUUUCCGCACCAUUCUAAAAAAAUCAUUUCUAUCAACAAUUUGACAUUUUAUUGAAUUUUUCUUUAUCUAGUUUAACUCCGCACUAUACUUUCGAAAACAAACUGUUAGACUUUGAUUUUUCCCCAAACGUAUACAUAUUACAUAGAGAGUAGACUGAUUUGUUGAGAAGAAAAACGCCUAGUUGUUAUUCAUUUACCGAGAGAUUUCACCGGAUUGUCGCAAAAGGGAUAGUGGAUUAUAACAAUCAUUUUAGAGAGCAACAUUAUAAUUAAGACAAGCAUUUAAACAGCAUACUACUGGACGCAGAUACUGUGUGAAGGGACAAAGUAAACGGAGAAUUUUAGACGAAACGCUUUGGACUCGACUGUGAAGUCAUUGAUUUGGAUUGGUAAAAGCAUAGACAGAAUUAGUAGGGAAAUGCAUGGUUUAAUUUAUUGAAAGUAAAACAAUUCAUAACAUGAGUGUUACUAUUAAUUAAAAAAUUCUUUUCAUUUUAUACGAAAAAAGCAGCAAAAAAACUAUCGAUAGAGGUAACAAAUAUAACAUAUUGUUAUUAAAAA